UUCCCUAAUGUUUGAGGCUUGAGUAGAGUUCCUCAUUUUUGUACUACAGUUAGUUCCUGUAGCCAAUAGCUUCAUGGAGGGGUUUCCUGUCCACUGACCCAGCAGGCUGCCUCACGGGACCAGCAGCCAUGUCCGCCUGCAGCACAUUCACCGAGCACGUGUGGAAACCAGGAGAGUGCAAGAACUGCUUUAAACCUAAGAGUCUGCACUGUCUGGCUCAGAGUGGUGGAGGGAAGCCUCCCUCUGAACAGAGGCCUUCGGCAUCUCAGCAACUGAUUCCACCCCCUGCUGGGGCCAGAGCCAAUCCUAACCUUGCCAGCAACUCCCAGAGGGCUGGCAGUGGGUCUGCCCGCUCAGGACACUUCCGUCCACCAGUGGCUAAGAAACCAACCAUUGCUGUUAAGCCGACUAUGAUGCUGCCCUGCUCUUCUGCAGGACUGGAUCCAGAUGGCAACAUGCAACGCCCACCAAAUGUAAUAGAACAGGGCAAAACAUCAGCCUUCACGGUCUGGAAUCGCAAUGGACUGAAUUGUAAGAGGCCAGGUGGUCCUAGCAACAACAACGAAGGAGAGGAUGGCAGUGAGGAGAUUGAGGGUUAUGGACCACUUAGCCCAGUGACCCCUAGUGGAAAUAACAACAAUAGUGGACUGACGGAUGUCCUAAAGGAGAUUGCUGGGUUAUGCCCUGGCCCAAGCCCCAUGCACCUUUCUGUGUCUAAGGACUUGUUUUGGGGGCGAAUCAGUAGCUCAUACCAACGGUCCUUGGAAAGAGGCCUUCCAGCCUCAAGCUGUCUUGCCAUUGGAAGCAGCGGUAGUGGUGGUGGCACUACUCAAAAACGUGUAUCCCUUAGUGAUAGCACAGACAUCAUCAGUACAGAGGGUGGUCGCUUUUGCUACCCAGAAUUUUCUAAUGAAGAUGAGGAUGAUGAGGAGGAUGAGGAGGAAGACUCUGAAAGGGAUGAUGAUGAACAUGAGAGUUGGGAUGAAAGUGAUGAAGAGUUGUUAGCCAUGGAGAUUCGAAUGCGAGGCCAACCAGGAUUUGCACAUUUCCGAGCAGCCACAUUGUCUCCAGUGCCCUUUGCUGCAGGGAAAAAGUGGAAUACUGUUCCACUUCGAAACCGCUCACUGAUGCGGAUUUGUGCGGUGGAUUAUGAUGAUAGCUAUGAUGAGAUAUUGAAUGGAUACCCAUCCAUGGACUCCAAUGGAGUUCUUCUUCCUUAUGGGCCACGUGACAUGCAAGGCAGUGGUUUCCUCACAAAUUCAGAGUCCACAACUUCUCCAGAAUCAUCGUCAUCACUACCAGAGGAUUCUCGGACAACCUCCAGCAGUGGGAGCAGUGCAUCCUGUGCUCUUCGAAAUGGCUUGCAUUCUCCCACAUCUUCCAAAGCACCUAUUCCCUGCACUUCUCCUCCAAAAAAGGAGCCCGUCCACAGAGCACUGAGUCCACUCAAGGUGACUGAAACACACAAGGCUGUCCUAGCAAUUAGAUUAGAAGAACAGGAUGGCAGAGAAGGUGCGUCAAUGCCCCAGGCCCUUCCUGGUCAACCAGUGACUAUAAGUUUCAGUCCCACAGAGGAGCAAGCUAAACCAUACCGUGUAGUGAAUCUGGAAAAAUCGCUUAUCUGUAAGCCUUAUACUGUAGUGGAUGUGUCAGCAUCCAUGGCCAACACAGACGAACAGAUUCCAGACUCUACUCCAAAACCCAAAAACCUGUCAAUGCCUUCAAGCCCUACAUCAUUCUGUAGCACUCCUUUAGGUCAGCCCCUGUCUCCAACCUCCCCUAUUUCUCCAUCUACACCUGUCAAGCCAACUUCAACCACAUCUGUAGCUCCAUCAAGUACCUCCCGAAAGAAAUUAGGGAGCAUACGCUACCAAGAAGUGUGGACAAGUCCUCGCCAAAAGAUACCUAAAGUUGAUCUGGGGGUUGGGAGUACUCCUGGCCCUUCUUUUCCACACUGCAGCCACAAGUCAGCUCCCACUUCUCCCAUUGCUGGGCUGUCUUCCUCCCGCACUGUACCAGUAAAAUCCCCCAACUUAUCAGAGAUCAAGUUUAACAGUUUCAAUAAUGCAGGCAUGCCUCCUUUUCCAAUCAUUAUUCGAGAUGAGCCAGCCUAUGCCAACAGCUCCAAGAAUGCUGUAAAAGUACCUAUAGUUAUCAAUCCAAGCGCUUAUGACAAUUUAGCUGUGUACAAGAGCUUCUUGGGACUUAGUGGGGAACUGCACCAGCCAAAAGUAGGUGUAAGUAAUAGGGUGCCCAGCCAUACAUAUGAAGAGAUUGGAUCUUCUGAGAGUGUCCAGUCCUCCUCAACAGAGAAAACCAUCUCUGGUAGAGGGACAUCAGAGAGAGCCUCUUUUGAGGAGAUAAAAUCUCCACUUGAAGCAUUGUCAAAAGCAGCAAAUUUACAACCUAAAACCACUACAGAUUCUAGCACUGUGACAAGCACUGUGAUGAGCGCCACAGUUGGGGCCCUAUCUCCCAAUGCAUCAACAAAUUCCCCUGCCAUUCUUGCCAUUACUGCAAACCUGCCUAAAAGCAGCCCCACUGCCAAUGCUGUUACACGCACGUGCAAGACAAGUGGAGACACUACUUACAGUAAUGAUGAUGAGACAGACUUAGCUUUGUCUCCUGGGACAGUAAGCCACAGGGAGGAGGCAAGCACUGUGCUUUCACAGAUUGUGGCCUCCAUCCAGCCUCCUCAGUCUCCUCCAGAGUCACCUUCAGCACAUGACAAAACUUUCAGUUCUGAGGAGCUGUACGCCCUACCACCUGAUGCCAUGAAGGAGACCCUCACACGACCCAAGUCUCUUUUCUCUGCAACUGAUGGCUGUCUUUCCAAACCCAAAAAGGACACGCCCUCAAAAGUUUUGUCUAAAUCCCAGAGUGCCUCUGCUGCUGUCACACUCUCCAGCACCCGGUCAGAGCCCAGUCCCCCCUUCCCCCCUCCAAGAUCUACAUCUUCCCCUUACCAUGCUUCUAAUAUCCUCCAGAGACACUUUGGCAACUGGACCAAGAGCUCAGCUUCCAGUUCCCCUGUAAGACCCAGUGAAGGUGAAGCAAGUCCAGGUGGAGAGGGGAGACGUAUUUCAGAAAGCUCCAAACCCAAACGUUGGAUCUCCUUCAAGAGCUUUUUUCGUCGGCGGAAAGAGGAGGACGAGCAGAGAGUGAAAGUGGAGACAGAGAAGGAAAGGGGGAAGCUGGUUGGGCUUGACGGAACAGUCAUUCACAUGCUUCCACCACCACCAAUCCAACAUCAUCACUGGUUCACUGAGGCCAAACCUGAGGAUCCCACUCAGAAACCAACCAUCAUAUUCACUUACAAACCAGAGAGUGGCAGCACUGCUGGUGAUGGAGAAGGAGAAUUACGAGUAGAGGAGUGCAGAGAAACUUCACUAGUGACACCUGAUGAGAGCAAAGAGUCCAGACCUUUGAGCCCGGGGCAGACCCCACCCCCAAACACCACUGGAGGUGAUUUCAACAGCAAGGACAUGAGCCAGGUACCAGGCGGUGCCAGUAAUGCCAGGGAUCGGGAGCUGCCCGGUGCCGCCUCCCUGCCUGCCAGAGUGAAUCUGGGGCUGGUGCUUGGGGAUGGGGAGGAGGGCCGUGCAAACCAGGCUGCCACACCAGCCUCAGCCAGCGAGGGCAGCGCCAGCCUAGGAGAGCCAGAGGAGGAAGGGAAUCACUCCCAUCACUCUCACUCUCCCGCCUCCAGCCAAUGCAGCGCCACCUAUAGCAACCUGGGUCAGUCCAGAGCCAACAUGAUCCCACUGAAACAGCCACGGAAUAUCAAAGCAUCCAACGACACUCUGGCUUCCAUCGACCUUGAUGGCCCUACAGACCAGCCUGCCCCGAAGGCCACACCGCCACCGCUACCUAAAAAGGCCGUUCCUCGCCCCAGCACAGAGCCCAGCCUGGGAGGCAAAGAGCUAACCCAGGGAGCCCUGAGACCUCGGGCUGAAGCUAAACCUGGGGGCACCAACCUGAGUGUGGCCAACCCUCUCUACGACUUGGACUCUACCUGGGAGACAGCCAGUCAGAGCUCCUCUCUCAGCUCCGAGCCACACCGAGUCCAUGACCACGAGAGCGGUGACUCCCUCGAGAGGCCAUCAGCCGCCACAGCCACCAACAAGGGCCGCCCGACUAACAGCAUGUCCUCCCUUAUUCACCAACCUGCUGCUGCACCUGGUGCCACCAGAGAGAGGCGGCCCAACCCAAGUACGGAGUCUCUUGGAGGGAGGGUUCGGCCACCCAGUCGAGGUUCUGCCUCUGGAGGAGGAGGCUCCAAGCCCCAGAGACCUUCUCUUUACAGGGGGUUGGACAGCUGGGAUGAGGUGGUGGGGAGGAUCAGAGGGCUUCACACGGAAACGUUGCGGAAGCUGGCCUCCAAAUGCGAGGACCGUUUCAUGGCUGGCCAGAAGGAUCACCUGAGGUUUGGCACUGACAGCUGGUCCCACUUUAGGCUGACUACUGGGAAACCCUGCUGCGAGGCGGGAGAUGCUGUAUACUACACUGCUUCCUACGCCAAGGACCCACUGGUCAACUACGCCAUCAAGAUCUGUCGGAGCAAAGUGAAGGAGACCCAGCAGCAGUUUUUCCACAGCCUGGCAGUGAGGCAGAGCCUGGCCGUGCACUUCAACAUCCAGCAGGACUGUGGACACUUCCUGGCUGAUGUCCCCACCCGCCUGCUACCCUGGGAAGAGGAGGAGGAAGAAGAGGAUGAGGAGGAAGAAGAGGAUGAUAAGGAAGAUGUUAAUGGGCUGAAGGAGAAAGAGAAAGCGAUUAAGACAGAAAUCAAGACAACAGACACCAAAGCUUCAAAUGGUAAAUUAGAUGAAACCUCAGCAGCAAGUCACAUGACCACCGCCGGCCGCUUAAGGAGUCGAGUAGUGGUUAUCACACGUGAAGUCCCCUUCCAGACGGUGGCUGACUUUGUUCGGGAAGGGGUGUCUCGACAUGCCCAUAACCCGGAGCUGUAUGAGCGCCAGGUCUGUCUGCUGCUGCUCCAGCUCUGCUCUGGCCUGGAGCACAUGAAACCCUAUCAUGUGACCCACUGCGACCUGCGACUGGAGAACCUGCUUCUGGUCCACUGCCAACCUGGCAACCCCUGGAAUCUGGACAUCCUGGAGCCCAACAACAACAGCAACAGCAGCAGCAACAGCGCCGGUGCGACCGCUGCCAGUGCUGCUGCUGCAGCCGCCAACGCAACCUGCCCCGCCCGCCUCAUCAUCAGUAACUUCUCCCAAGCCAAACAAAAGAGCACUCUCAUGACCGCCGAUCCUGGUACGCUGCGCGACCAAUCACGGUUGGCACCCGAAAUCGUCACAGCAACUCAGUACCGCAAGUGUGACGAGUUCCAGACCGGGAUCCUCAUCUAUGAGAUGCUGCACCGGCCAAACCCCUUCGAGGAGACGCCAGAUCUCAAGGAGCGGGAGUACACGUGGGCUGACCUGCCGCCGCUGCCUGUUCGAUCACUCUAUUCACAGGGCCUGCAGCAGCUGGCCAGGUUACUGCUCACCGUCAACCCCUCUGAAAGGAUCCGGAUGUCUGAGGCCCGGGCCUGCCUGCAGUGCCUGCUGUGGGGCCCUCGGGAGGACUUGUUCCAGGCACUGGGCUGCAGUAGCACUGGCCCCAUGUCAGGAGCCACCUCCAGCCAGCGCGAGGCUACACUCCAGAACUGGCUGGACCUGAAGCGGACACUGAUGAUGAUCAAGUUUGCAGAGCGCUCAAUGGACACGGCAUGCGGUGUGAGCCUGGAGGACUGGCUGUGCUGCCAGUAUCUGGCGUUUGCCACCACAGACACCCUGAGCCGAGUGGUGCACAUCCUGCAGCAACCGCAGCCACAUCCUCCGUCCCAGAACCAGACACAGCCAGUGCACGCAGCACAGAACCAAACCCAAACACAUCUUUCACACACCUUCCACCUGACACAGACACAGUCACAGCCACUGUGAGUUCCUCUGCUAACUGUUACUAUGGCAACAGAUCCAACUUCCCCUGUGUGGUCCCUCUGCUGACGCUAAUGUGUGAUGCAAGCUAAUAGUCAGCUUUGUAGCAGCAGCCACAGUGCUCACCUAACACUAAUAGCUGGUUGUGCAAUGUGUGUGUGUGUGUGUGUGUGUGUGUGUGUGUGUGUGUGUGUGUGCCUGUGUUUGCGUUUUCAAAUCAAUCCACAGAAUGAGAGGCCACGCCCCCAUCCAACAGCUUCAUGGUCGAGGGUUUUCAUAGCACUCACAUUACCAACAGCAGGAAGUGCAGCAAAUGAAGUGGCUCUCUAACAUUGGCCAAGGCAAUAUGAUAUAUGGUAGCAGAUGAAAGAAAUUCUGGCUCUUGACAGUGAAUUGGCAUUAACAGCUCAUCCUGCAUGUUAUAACACUCCACCAGUACUUGGUCAAAGACAUUCAACAAAUGUGUGAGGGAUUUUUUUUAGAUGUGUGUG